AUGGCAUCUCGACGGGACUACCUCCUCAAGAAGGGGCUCCAGGUGAAGCAGCUCAACGAGGACGCAGCGCGCUCUGCGGCCUCGCCCAAGUCGGCGGCCCGACCCAGCAGCAAAGAAGUAGCGGCGAUCCUCGAGCUCUGCCCGCCGGGCACGCCCGACACCCGCAUCGUCCAGAUCAUCAAGCAAAACAACGGCGACGCCGACAAGAUCUCGCUCGCCGUGAGCGAUCUCUGGGAAGAGAACAGCACGCAGGACGACUGGGCCACCGUGAGCAAGAAGCAGCCCAAGAAAAAGCACGACGAACCCAAACCCAAGUACAACCACUCGCCGCCGACGACGUACGGCGAUAGCAAUGGCGGCCGAGGACGCGGUGGCACCCGUGGCCGGGGCGCCCCUGCGCGGGGAGCGUGGGCACAAAAGCCCAGUUUUGUCGCAAAGAAGCAGGCGCCCCCGAAGCCUCAGCCGCAGGUUCAGCAGCAGCAGCAGCACCACCAACAGCAACAACAUCAACACAUUGCGUCCCCCGUCGUACAUGCGGGCCCCAAACCCGUGAGCCCGAAGACGCUUGCCAAGAACCAGACGUGGGGCGUUGUCACGGACGAGCCCAAGGUCGUCGUCGCAGAGCCCGAGCCCGUGUGGCCGUCGCGCUCACCUAAGAAGGCUGAAAAGAAGAUGGAGCCGGAGGCCACGAUCGCAUCUUGGGGUGCCUCGCUGCAGGAAGCCAAGGCCCACGCCGAGUGGGAGCAGCAGCAACAGGUGCAGCAACAGCAGGCACCGACGACGACGACGAAUGCGUGGGCGCGCCCCGCGCCGAUCGAGACGCCCAAGUCGCCAUUGCCGUCGCCGAAGAAGGAAAAGGUUGCGACGCCCAAGGCCAUGACGCCCGUGCGUCAAUCGAGCCCGACGCACUCGCUCACGUUUGGGUCGCCGUCGCCCAAGUCGUCGCCGAUCCGCAACAAGUUUAGCAUGGGUCGCUGGGAGACCGUGGCCGAAACCGAGCUCUCGCUCCAGUUUGGCAGCUUCUCGCUCGAAGCCAUUGACACGACGCCGGCGGCAACCAGCGUCGCCUCGGCCACGUGGGGCACGCCGAGCAACAAGACGACGGCCAACGCGUGGUCGCCCAAGAAGCACGAGUCGCCCAAGACCAAGGCGUCGGUGCCGCCGCCCGGCAUGGAUGCGCAGGUGAGCCCGCGCAAGGCGGCGUCGCCGCGCAAGCAGUACACACCCGCGGCCCCGUCGCCGGCGUCGCUGCCCAAGCCCGACGACGUCAAGCGCCAGGUGCCCAAGUACACUGGCGCCAACACUCAGGCGGCGCCGGCAUCGCCCAACAUGGCGUCGCCGUCGUUUGAUCUGAAGGGCAGCAACCUGUACCCGGCCAACCCGAGUGCGUACAACCAGUACUCGGUCGGUAUUGCCGGUCGCAACCAGGGCGCGAUCGGUGGCAACUCGACGCCGAUUUCCAAGAUGCAGCCGCAACUGAACGCGCGCAGCGCCACGACGCCCAACACGACGGGCACCGCGACCGGGCCCGUGGCGGCGGCCCCGGCGGCGGCAGCCCCGGCGACGACCAACCCCGCGCCGACGGCCAACCCCGCUGCCCAGCAGCAGCACCAGCAGCAGCCGCAGCACAUGCAGCACCAGCAGCCGCCGUACCAGCAGCCACCGAUGCUGCCGGGCCAGUCGUACCACCCGCACUUUGCGCCGCCGCCGCCGCCCGGCAUGGCGAUGCCGUACAACCCGUACAACUAUGGCAACUACUACCCGCAGCAGGGCUACGGCUACUACCAGAGCCCCCAGUACCCGCAGUACAGCCCGCGUCAGCAGUACCCGCCGCGCGGCUCGAUGCCGUAUGGCAUGGAGGGUCUCCAAGGCUUCUCCAACCCGCAGACCAUGCCGCUCGGCUACCAGGACCCGCACCAAGUGCCGCAAGAGUACGUGCCGCAAGGGUUUGGCGAGCUCGGCUACCUCCCGCCGCCGCAUGCGCAGCCGACGCCGGUGCAGCAAGGCGGUGUGCCCCAGCGCCACUCGUUGCAGCAGCCCCAAGUGGCGCAGCAGGGCAAGCAACAUCAGCAGCAGCAACAGCAGCAGCAACAACAACAAGGCGGCGCGCCGCAGAGCCAGGGUCGUCCCGAGUACGCGCCGCGCGACCACACGCAGUCGCCGCCCGUGCCCAACGUCGGCGGAUACCCGCACUAUGGCGGCUGGAGCGGCUACGGCCACCAGGGCCUCAACCCGCAGGCAGGCUGGAACGGCGGGUACCCGCAGCAGCCCCAGGGCUACCGGCCGUACACGGGCAACGCCGGCAACGAUGGCCAGAACGCGUGGAGCUCCUAA